GCCUGCGAUGAUUUGUAGAGUUUCCGUCCCAUCAGUUUUAACAAACUUCAUGAACUAAUCCAACAACAAAAACUCUGUGAAAAGGUGUCAGGACUAUGCGCAAGUGCUUCAGCACAUGCGCGAGACAAUUGAGCCAUGAAAACCCCCUAGGGCUUCCGCGCAAAGGCGCACCACCGACCCUUCCUCGCAUGCAACGCGGUCUUCCCCAGAAACGCAAGCUACGCAAUGUCGCCCACACCAUCGCCGUCUCCAGCGCCAAAGGUGGCGUCGGCAAGUCCACGCUGGCCGUGAACCUCGCCCUCUCUUUCUCCCGACACGGCCUACGCACAGGAAUCCUCGACACCGACAUCUUCGGUCCCUCGAUCCCAACGCUGUUGGGCCUAAGUGAUGCCUCUGAACCGGCACUCACUUCACAAAACCUUUUGGUGCCGUUGACGUCCUACGGCCUAAAGAGCAUGAGCAUGGGGUAUCUACUGCCCAACGAGGCCGCACCCGUAGCAUGGCGCGGACUCAUGGUGAUGAAAGCUCUACAACAACUCCUCCACGAAGUCGAUUGGAGUCCAGGCCUGGAUGUACUGGUGCUCGACAUGCCGCCGGGUACAGGCGACGUGCAACUCACGAUUGGACAGCAAGUCGAGCUUGACGGCGCGGUCGUGGUGUCCACACCUCAAGAUAUAGCAUUGAAAGAUGCCGUCAAAGGAGUCGGGAUGUUCCGCAAAAUGAAUAUCGACGUGCUAGGCAUGGUGCAGAAUAUGAGUGUCUUUGUGUGUCCGAAUUGCCAAACCGAGACGAAGAUCUUUGCUCAUGCCCACGAUGGAGGAGGCUUAGGCGGCGCCGAGGCCAAAGCGAAAGACCUGGGUGUGGACUUCCUGGGUGAUGUGCCGCUGGACCCGAAUAUUUGUGCAGAUGCGGACAGAGGUAUGCCAACUGUUGUCGCGGAGGAGGCGAGCGGGAGGAAAGCCAAUACGCAGUACUACGAGCGCAUCGCGGAAAAGGUAGCGCGAAAGAUCGGACUGAAUUGGGCUUGAGAUGUGAUCCUCGCCAGGACCCUUGAUAGGUACAUGUUCUGUUCGUACCACUCUAAUCUAAUUGGUAUCAUACAUUCGAAU